GGAGGGGGAGGCGGGGGAGAGCCCACCGAAGCAGCCAAUCCAGCUGUCCCGGGGAGGAAGAGGAGGAGUCAGGGCCCGCCCCGGGACUCUGCACUGCUCACUCCCGCGCCGUGUGGCUGUCCCCGCUGCCGCUCUGUGGUCUGCUCGGUCCCUGUGGCCCCGCGCGCUCGCCCACUGCAGUCUCCCCCAAGCAGACAUGGCCUCGAGCGCCGCCACCGCCGCCGUGAAGAUUGGAAUAAUAGGUGGAACAGGCCUGGAUGAUCCAGAAAUUCUAGAAGGAAGAACUGAAAAAUAUGUGGAUACUCCAUUUGGCAAGCCAUCUGAUGCCUUAAUUUUGGGGAAGAUAAAAAAUGUUGAUUGCGUCCUCCUUGCAAGGCACGGGAGGCAGCACACCAUUGUGCCUUCCAAAAUCAACUACCAGGCGAACAUCUGGGCUUUGAAGGAAGAGGGUUGUACACAUGUCAUAGUGACCACAGCAUGCGGCUCCCUGAGGGAGGAGAUUCAGCCUGGUGAUAUGAUUAUUAUCGAUCAGUUCAUCGACAGGACCACCAUGAGGCCUCAGACCUUCUAUGAUGGAAGUCAUUCCUGUGCCAGAGGAGUGUGCCAUAUUCCUGUAGCGGAGCCUUUUUGCCCCAAAACGAGAGAGGUUCUCAUCGAGACUGCUAAGAAGCUGGGACUCCGGUGCCACUCAAAGGGGACAAUGGUCACAAUUGAAGGACCUCGUUUUAGUUCCCGGGCAGAAAGCUUCAUGUUCCGCGCCUGGGGGGCAGAUGUCAUCAACAUGACCACAGUUCCAGAGGUGGUUCUUGCCAAGGAGGCAGGAAUCUGCUAUGCAAGUAUUGCCAUUGCAACAGAUUAUGAUUGCUGGAAGGAGCACGAGGAAGAAGUUUCAGUGGACCGGGUCUUAAAGACCCUGAAAGAAAAUGCCAAUAAAGCCAAAAGUUUACUUCUGACUACCAUACCUCAGAUAGGGUCCAUGGAAUGGUCAGAAACCCUCCAUAACCUGAAGAAUGUGGCCCAGUUUUCUGUUUUAUUACCAAGACAUUAAAAUAGCAUGGCUGCGCAGAAGAAAAGAAGACUUUCUAACUCCAGUUGCUUUGAGAAUUCUUGCUUCACUUGAAAAAAACAUGCAGCUGUUAUGCCCUUGCCUGCGGAAGAAGAGGUGGCAAGACAAGACAUUGUAUGGGUGAGACACUUCUAGAAGACUUGAACUGCUUCACAACACAGAAGAAAAGCAAAUGACCAGCAAACAUGUGGGGGGGAAAUUUACAUUUUAGAAAAAAAACCAAGAAGAUACCACUCUUCUCUCCCUUUAUUAAAUUUGCAACAAUAAAGGGUUAUGGGUAAUAUCCAGUUUCCUGUGUUGUCAAGGAAUAUGAGGAAGAAAUGGGACUUUAGUUGUUUAUUGAUAUGACUGUAAAUUGCUACAGUGUUUCUGGAGGGCAGUGUGGUAAAAUGCAUCGAAUAGCUUAAAAAUACUUCUGUACUUGUGCUGGGUACUCCUAGGAAUUUCUCUUUAAAAAAUUAUCAGAUACAAAGAAUUUUGUGUUAUAAUAGCAAAUAUUUAAAAUAAUCUGAAUACUCAACAAUUGGAGGUGAUUUGGGUUAUAAUUAGAUUGUGAAUCAGCCAACUGAAAAUCCUUUUCACAUAAUAUUUCAGUGUCCUAGAGAAAUGGUUGCUCUAUAAUAUGAAAUGAAAAACGGGAUAUGUAAGCAUUUUACAGUAAUGGUUUUGUUUUAAAAUGCUGUGAAAAUGUACAAAGAGACUAGAAAGAAAUAUAUAUAAUCUUGCUGUUGU